UUAUUGGUCCAUGACCGCCACCUACUGGUUUGGAGCCUGGCCCAGGAUGGCAAGUAAACCGAUUCCCACUACCUUAGAUGGCGCUGUGUGACGUUUUUUUCACACUACUAAACCUUGAAGUAGAGAAGAAACCUACCUCUCUCUUAAAACUGCACUAUCAUAAAGCUGGGGUCAGAUUUUAAACUGAAGUGGAUACAUUCUAUGUUUCCUACAGUGUAUUUGAGUAAGGGGUUUGUUUGUGGAGCCUAGGAGAAAUAACAAUAUACCCUUUGUUUGAAAUGUUUAUUGUAUUUUCUAAAUAAGGUGUUCCUGUUUAUUUGGAUAUUGAACUUUAAUUAAUUAGUAACAAGUAAUUUUUCAUUGGUCAUCCUUUAACUUAAGCCCCGAAGGCUUAGAGAACAUUUAGUUUGUGUCCCUGUCUCUCAUAUUUUGGUAAUCCAUCUUUCUUCACCUCCUUCAAGAGUAACAUGUAAAUUAAGCUGAUACAGCCUUAAAACCCAGCUUAUCUAACCUGACCAUUAUUUACCCAGCAUGCAGCAUGUUCUAAGCACAAAAUGUUAAGAGACAAGGUGACCUUAGUUCCACUUUAUUUAUAAAAUGGAGUAAUACAUUCAUUACACAAUUAUUGGCAUCUUGCUUUUAUUAAACUAUUUUAUAUUUAAAAUCUACAAUAUAUGUAUGAUUUGGGCAUAUUUUGAGUCUAUGGGCAAAGGUAUUAGUAAUUUAUGUUAUAUGUGGUGAUUCUGUAACAUUUAUACACAUACAAUUUUGCUUCUUUAUAUCAUUUUGAUUCUGCUCAUUUUGAUAUGUGCCACAUAAAUUGCCACAUAUUUUAGUACACAGUCUAGUAUUUUUUUUAUUUGCAUCAUGCUCUAAGUCUAUUAAGAUCCCAGUGAAGCUUGAACACUGCCUUCCUAUUAAAUAUGUUUUCAAAGACAUGUGAAUAUAGAAACUACAGAAAUUCAAUACUGAUACUAAUACUUCAAAACUACGGGUUCAGUACUGAAUAGGGCAGAAGCUGGCGCAAAGUGAAAGCAGAGUAAAUGUCAGGAAGACUGGUAACACUGUGCUUUAACCUUCACUGAUCCUUCCUCAAUCAGUUUAUCAGCAAAAGAAACGUGCUGAAGGUAGAUAAGCGAUACCAGAGGAAUAUUAUCUGAUGCACUAUGAUAUGUGUGCAUUUGAGUGUGUGACCUGGCUAGAGGUGACAUUGUUUCUACUUGAGGUGCCACUUUCACGCAGACAGACUUCACAAGUGUGUGUUCAAACGUAUUCGUGUGCAGGUGCCCAGAAUUGCUUGUGCGCAUGCGUAUGUAAAAAUGGGAGUUACAGGUAUAAAAGGCUUUUGUUUGAAAUUCUUGUUGGCAAGUUGGAAAGACAGAGAGCGAGAGAGUGAGGGGGAGAAGCCAGCUGUUUGUUUAGGGCUGCACCGUAAUAAACUGUCAAAAUUUCGGCCACUAAGAAGGACCGAGUUGUCUGGACCUCCAUUGAUUUAGGAGAAAAGUCCCUGGUCACACCAGCAACCAUGAGCAAAAAGGAAGAUUACAACAUGUUUGAAAUGGACGGAGAGAUGGACAAGAAGAAGAAGAAAAAGAUGAAGAAGAAAGAGAAACUGGAAGGCAUGAAGAGAGAAAUGGACAUAGACGACCAUGAGAUUACACUCGAAGAGCUGGAAAUGAGAUACAACACCAGCAUUACCAAAGGCUUGACCACCACCUUCGCUCAGCAGAUCUUGGAGCGGGACGGCCCGAACGAACUGAAGCCUCCUAAGGGAACACCUGAGUACGUGAAGUUCGCCAGGCAGCUGGCUGGAGGGCUGCAGUGUCUGAUGUGGGUCGCGGCUGUCAUCUGCUUCAUCGCUUUUGGAAUUGAACUUGGGAGAGGGAACCUCGGCAGUUUUGAUAAUCUGUACUUGGCUAUAACUCUAAUCGCUGUCGUUGUGGUAACUGGCUGCUUCGGGUAUUAUCAAGAAUUCAAGAGUACCAACAUCAUCGCCAGCUUCAAGAAUCUGGUGCCGCAACAAGCCAUGGUGAUCCGAGACGGCCAGAAAAACCAGAUCAAUGCCAACCAGCUGGUGGUGGGGGACCUGGUGGAGAUCAAAGGUGGAGACAGAGUUCCUGCCGACAUCCGCAUCAUCACCGCGCAGAGCUGCAAGGUUGACAACUCAUCGUUGACAGGAGAGUCUGAACCACAGACCAGGAGUCCAGAAUGUACCCACGAGAGCCCACUGGAGACCAGAAACAUUGCCUUCUUCUCCACCACCUGCCUGGAAGGUGUGGCCACGGGGAUGAUUAUAAACACGGGAGACCGCACCAUCAUCGGGCGGAUCGCCAGCUUGGCGAGCGGCGUGGGCAACGAGAAGACGCCCAUUGCCAUCGAAAUUGAACACUUUGUCGACAUCAUUGCGGGUCUGGCCAUCUUUUUCGGGUUCACCUUCUUUGUGGUUGCCAUGUUCAUUGGAUACGCCUUCCUGGAGGCCAUGAUCUUUUUUAUGGCUAUCGUGGUAGCAUAUGUGCCAGAGGGGCUGCUUGCCACUGUCACAGUUUGUCUGUCUCUGACUGCUAAACGACUUGCCAGGAAAAAUUGUGUUGUGAAGAACCUGGAGGCUGUGGAAACGUUAGGCUCCACGUCAGUGAUCUGUUCGGAUAAGACGGGCACCCUGACUCAGAACAGGAUGACUGUAGCUCACCUCUGGUUUGACAACCACAUCCAUGCAGCCGACACCACCGAAGAUCAGUCUGGUCAGAGUUUCGACCAGUCUUCAGAGACAUGGCGCUCACUGGGAAGAGUGGCUUCCUUGUGUAACAGAGCUGUGUUCAGGCCUGAUCAGGAGGGAGUUCCCAUCCCCAAGAGGCUUGUGGUGGGAGAUGCGUCUGAAACAGCUCUGCUGAAGUUCACUGAGCUCACAAUAGGAAACAUUGUGGACUACAGAAACCGCUUCAAGAAGGUGGUGGAAGUGCCCUUUAACUCCACUAACAAAUUUCAGCUGUCCAUCCAUGAGCUGGAGGACCCGCUGGACCUUCGCUACCUGCUGGUGAUGAAGGGGGCGCCAGAACGAAUCUUAGAGCGCUGCUCCACCAUUUUGAUAAAAGGCCAGGAGUUGCCCCUGGACGAGCAGUGGAGAGAAGCGUUUCAGACAGCGUACAUGGACCUGGGAGGACUCGGCGAGAGAGUACUGGGUUUCUGUCAUCUCUAUCUGAACGAGAAAGAGUUUCCUCGCGGCUUCCGUUUUGAUGCAGACGAGAUGAAUUUCACCACGUCAGGACUGUGCUUCGCUGGUCUCAUCUCAAUGAUCGACCCCCCAAGAGCCACUGUACCAGACGCAGUGAUGAAGUGUCGUACUGCCGGCAUUAGGGUUGUCAUGGUGACGGGGGACCAUCCAAUUACAGCCAGGGCCAUAGCAGGCAACGUUGGCAUCAUCUCGGAGGGCAGUGAAACAGUGGAAGACAUCGCCCAGAGGAAGCGCAUCCCCGUCGAACAAGUAAACAAGAGGGACGCCCGUGCCUGCGUGAUCAACGGCGGUCAGCUGAAGGACAUGAGCAGCGAGGAGCUGGACGAGGCCCUGCGGAACCACCCUGAGAUGGUGUUUGCCAGAACGUCCCCUCAGCAGAAGCUGAUUAUAGUGGAGAGCUGUCAGCGUCUGGGCUCCAUCGUGGCAGUAACAGGCGACGGCGUGAACGACUCUCCGGCUCUAAAGAAGGCUGACAUCGGCAUUGCCAUGGGCAUCGCCGGCUCGGAUGCGGCCAAGAACGCUGCAGACAUGAUCCUGCUGGAUGACAACUUUGCUUCCAUCGUCACAGGGGUGGAGCAGGGUCGCCUCAUCUUCGACAACCUGAAGAAGUCUAUUGCCUACACACUAACCAAAAACAUCCCUGAGCUGACCCCAUACCUGAUCUACAUCACCGUCAGCGUGCCGCUGCCUCUGGGCUGCAUCACUAUUCUCUUCAUUGAACUGGCCACUGACAUUUUCCCCUCUGUGUCUCUGGCUUAUGAGAAAGCAGAGAGCGACAUCAUGCACCUCAAGCCCAGGAACCCCCGGCGGGAUCGCCUGGUCAACGAAGCCCUGGCCGUGUACUCGUACUUCCAGAUAGGAGCCAUCCAGUCCUUUGCGGGCUUCACAGAUUAUUUCACAGCCAUGGCUCAGGAGGGCUGGUUCCCACUGCUGUGUGUUGGGCUGCGCUCCCAGUGGGAAAGCCAACACCUCCAAGACCUACAGGACAGCUACGGCCAAGAAUGGACCUACAGCCAGCGCUUGUACCAGGAGUACACGUGCUACACCGUGUUCUUCGUCAGCAUCGAGAUCUGUCAGAUUGCAGACGUGCUCAUCAGGAAAACGCGGCGUCUGUCGGUGUUCCAGCAAGGCUUCUUCCGGAACCGAGUGCUGGUUUCGGCCAUAGUCUUCCAGCUCUGCCUCGGUAACCUGCUUUGUUACUGCCCUGGAAUGCCCAAUAUCUUCAAUUUCAUGCCAAUCAGGGUCCAGUGGUGGUUUGUCCCUCUUCCAUAUGGUAUUUUAAUAUUUGUCUAUGAUGAGAUCAGGAAAUUAGGAGUCAGAAGACAUCCAGGAAGUUGGUGGGAUCAGGAGUUAUACUAUUAGAACCAGGGACGGCAACGUGUCUCAUGAGCCCACUCUCUAGUGCUUCAGUUUAUUCUCAAUCAGUGAGUUGCAGCUGGGUUCAUCUUCCUAACAGGCUAUGAGACUAAAGGCUGCAUCGUUCUGGAGAUGCCAGCGUAACCGCUAAAUAACAGUACAUGAUAAUAAUAUAUGAAAAUGUCAUUUAUGUAAACACAUCAUUUAUUUCCUGACAAUAAAACAUUUGAUUAGA